CACGCCCAUCCUUCAAACUAUCUCUUUUCAUAAUCUCUCAAUACAUAUGUUGUGAUCAGUAACUCACUAUAUAAGCCGGUCACCGGAGAUGGGAGCUUGCUUAUCAUUCCCGGGGACUUGCCUCCGAAACUCGUCAACGAAGAAGUUUAGGAAUCGGAAGAAAGCUCCUAAACGACGUCGUUCGCUGCUACUUUUGUCUGAUCAACCGAAAGUUGAACCAUCUGCAGGGACCUCUGAUGAGUUGUGGUUUGAUUCUGCUGCAGUACUUGAAUCUGAUUGCAGCGAUGAUGAUUUCCAAAGCGUUCUUGAUGACGUGUUGUCAACAAAUGGUUCUGAAAGUACCUCUAGGCCUAGCGUUGAGUUGCGCAGAAGUUCAGUGCAUCCAGAAGACGUUGACCUGCUGACAAAAAUUGAUGGAUCUUCUAAUGAAAUGAAGCUUGUCCUUGAUGAAAAAUCGUCUUCCAGUGAUGACAAUACUGUAAGGGAGGAUGGUUUGUUAGACUGUGGUGGACUAAUUCCUAGCAAUUGUUUGCCUUUUCUUGCUAAUACAGUUCCAUCAGUUGAGAAAAGAAGCUCACUAAGUUCUAACUCUCUAACUACAAGAAAAACAUUUGUGCAAAGACUUUCGUUCAAGUUGAAGGACGGGAACCCCAGCUCCACUAUAUUUUCUUCAAAGAGUCAUCUAGAAAGACCGCUGGCUGGUUCACAAGUACCUUUCUGCCCAGCUGACAAAAAAGUUCUCAAUUCAUGGUCAUAUGUUGAACCAGAAAUUUUCAGAAUACGAGGGAAGAAUUAUCUUAGGGAUAAAAAGAAGGAGCAUGCAUCUAACACUGCAGCAUAUAAUCCAUUUGGUGUAGAUGUCUUUUUGUCUCGGAGAAAAAUUGAUCACAUUGCUCGGUUUGUAGAACUCCCCGCUGUUGAUCCUUCUUCGGGAGAACUCCCAUCAAUUCUUGUAGUAAAUAUCCAGAUUCCAUUAUAUCCUACUGCCUUUUUCCAAGGCGAAAUUAAUGGUGAAGGAAUGAGUUUUGUUUUAUACUUCAAGCUUUCUGAUAGUUACUCUAAGGAACUUUCGCUCCAAUUUCAAGACAACAUGAGGCGGAUUCUUGAUGACGAAAUAGAAAAAGUCAAAGGUUUCCCACUAGAUACACUAGUACCAUUUCGAGAAAGGUUGAAGAUAUUGGGUCGUGUAGUAAAUGUAGAUGACCUUCAGUUAAAUGCAACAGAGAGGAAAAUUAUGAAUGCUUACAACGAAAAACCCGUGCUCUCACGCCCACAACAUGAGUUCUACCAAGGCGACAACUACCUUGAGAUUGACUUAGAUAUGCACAGAUUUAGUUACAUUUCAAGAAAAGGAUUUGAAGCAUUUCAAGAGAGACUAAAGAACUGCAUCUUGGAUUUUGGCCUCACAAUUCAAGGAAACAAGCAAGAGGAGUUGCCAGAGCAGAUCUUAUGUUGUGUAAGGUUAAAUGGUAUUGAUUACAUGAAUUAUCAAAUGUUAAAGCUAACCCAAGAUCCCCUAUGAUAAUGAGAUAGGCAUGGGAAUAAUGUGAAGCUAACUCAAGAUGAUCUUUGCUAUGCUCAUGUGUCAUUUAGUUAGAUUACAUCUAUCUCUAAUGAAAUAAAAUAUCUUGAAACAUUGUAUAUUGGUAGGGCAAGAGCUAACAACUAUCUGUAAUGUCAUUUUCAAUUAUGAUCAAUGUUGAUUUUGAUUAACAA